AUGGAAACCACUGACUUGCUUGAGUAUUUGGUUAUUCCGACACUAUACACCAUUGUGGUCAUUCUAGGCCUUCCCCUGAACCUCCUGUCCAUGUGGAUUCUCAGCAAAAAGAGGAAGAACUCCAUGUCCAUCUACAUGAUAAACCUCACGACUGCAGAGUUGCUCUUUCUCUUCUGUCUCCCCAUGAAAAUCGGAUACCAUUUCAAUAAUAAGCGCUGGACACUGCCCGAGUUCAUGUGCCACCUGUACGUCAUUCUGUUCUUCACCAACAUUUACACGACCCCCAUGCUGCUCGCGGCCAUCAGCGUCGACCGCUACAUGGCGAUCGUGCACCCACUCAAGGACUCGGCAUGGCGGAAGGCAAAGACCGCAUCGCGCGCCUGUGUGCUGGUGUGGAUUCUGACCACCAUUCACAUUAUGCCGCUAAACGCUGUGACCAUGCUCAAUUACGUCAACGAGACGAAUGGCAGCCAGCAGAUGCGGGCGAUGUGCUACGAGAAGUUCUCGGAGGGCGACCUUCAGUACCUGACGACGUACCGGCUCUAUUUGUUCUUCUCGCUCUUCGUCACUUCACUGGCCAUAACGUUGUUCUCCUACGCAAACGUCCUGAAGGCUCUGAUUGCAGGCAGAGAGCAGAGGUCAUCGGCAAACCGGAUGAAAAAGAACCGGGCUGCGAAAAUGACUCUUGUGGGCCUCGUAAUUUACAUCGUGUGCCUCACUCCGUACAACUCCACACACAUUAUAGGGUUCAUACAAAGCAGAACUAAUGGGUUCUACUGGCAAAGCCUUGUGCUGAUGCGUGAUAUCGCUUUUUGCCUCAGCGCACUGAACACUCUCUUUGAUCCGCUAAUCGUCUAUAUUGCAUCGUCCACAUUCCGCCAUUCCCUUAAAAUAAUGUUCAGACGAUUGCCGCCCAACAAAGUAUCGAUAAUAAUGACGUAACUCAAUGAGGGGCUCAUCUCUACAGCCAAUUAAUCAAUCAUUAGUACACAGUAUAACUACUUUAAUAAAGGUAGGUCCACAUAGAUAGAUAUAUACACAUCGAUUUGCAUCUAUUUAAUGCAUCGCAUAUACAUCUAUAAGCGUGAGUCACGGACAAAUAUGUUAGUGCUCUAAUAUUAUCGAUGCAAAGUUGAUUUUCACGGCACAACUGCAUAUAAGUAGUCCUAAGAUGGAGGGGUUUUUUUUUACAUAGAACAUGCUUUAGAGUGGUUAAGUGAAGAUGCGCUAGAGAUUAUAGAGCCAUGAUUCAAGUGGUAGUCAUUAUUCCACUCGGAAUCAGAAUAUAAAAUGGGUGUUUUAGAAAACACUAAAACAUUCCCUGCUCUUUACCCAAACUAAUUCUAUUUUAUCCAAACCGAGCCAUUCUAAUGCAAAGUGGUACAAUCUGUGCAAAUUGGACAUAUAUUCCGUUAAAUUUGCCUCUUAGAAUGAGACCUGCAAAGAAAGCAUUUCCCUAAUUCCAUUUGUUGCUGAAAACAUUAAAAAAAAAUAUUUUAACCCAGUCUGGAGUCGAUUCCUGUAUGUCCAUACAGCUUUCAAAACACACGCGCACACACGCCUGUAAUUGUGAACAAAUAUGAACAUUCAUAAACGUUUUUGGGUUAGAUCGCGUUAUUUAUAAAUGUGUCGCAACC